UGGUUGAACUUGUACCUUAAUCAUAUUAUAGCUGCAGGCGCGGAGUAAGUGCAGCUCAUGUUCGGGUAGCGGGACUUGAGUUAACACUGCAGCACCCCCCUGUGACCUAGGCCCUUUUACUCUGUAUGUUUGCGGGGGGACAAGAAAGCUUCAGUUGAAGGGAAGCUCCACCGCAAAACUCGCAACAAGCCAGGUAGAGUCGUGAGACGAGGUCCUCAAUUUCACGUCACACGCGACUAUUGCAAGCAAGCCGACUGCUAUUCUGUUUUGUCGUUGGACGCCUCUGGCUUCACUCGCCUCAGCCCCGGGCAAAAUGAGACCUCCGGCGAAACUCUUCAUACGCCGGCCAUGUCGCAUGCAAGCUCCCACGUCGCGCUUCUUCCACGCAUCGCCGCCAUUCUCCGGUGCGACCCCUAGCUCAGAACCUCUCCCUAUCCCAGCGCGGCCAGCUACAGCUCCUCGGCCCAACAUUGACAUCAAGCAUAUACGGCAGAACCCAGCCCUGCACCAGCAAAACUGCAUAGAAAGGAACUACGCACCGCAGAGCGCCUACCCUGCGCGCAUAAGCGCCUUGCACCAGCAAUGGACGGAGCACCAGAAGGAAGCAAGGCAUCUACGCGAGCGAAGCAACCUGUUGCGGAGGCAGAUUGCGAACCCCACAGCCACACAAGAUGACGACGCCCCAGCGAUAGAGCAGCUGAAGGACAUGAGCAAGGAACAGCUGCUCGCCGAAGCAAAACAGCUGAAGGAGAAGUUGGCCGUCGUCGAGCAAAGCGAGAACCGUCUCACCACCGAGAUCGACGACCUGGCGCUGCAAAUACCAAACCUGACGAGUGAGGCAACGCCGCGAGGCCACGAAGCUGUCGUCUUGUCAUACAUCAAUGAUCAUCCCGAACCUGAGCCGUCAGCCUCGGACAGGGUCUGGCGUUCGCAUGUGCACAUCGGAUCAGAACUCGGCCUGCUGGAUUUCGCCGGUGCAGCAACAUCCUCGGGCUGGGGCUGGUACUACCUUCUAGACGACGGCGCGCAGCUGGAGCAGGCUCUGAUCAACUUCGCCCUGUCAGUCGCCACGAAGCACGGCUGGAGGCAGGUGACUCCUCCUAGCAUCGUCUAUGGCCACAUCGCUUCGGCAUGCGGCUUCCAGCCCAGAGAUCAGAACGGCGAGACGCAAAUCUACGCCCUUGCACAGUCGCAGGCAGACCGCGAUCGGGGAAAGCCCGAGCUGGUGCUUGCGGGCACCGCAGAAAUACCGCUUGCAGGCAUGAAGGCGGAUACCACCAUUGAAGAGAGCGAUCUGCCCACGAAGCGUAUCGGUGUCUCGAGAUGUUACCGAGCUGAAGCUGGCGCUCGAGGCGUCGAUACCAAGGGCCUGUACCGGGUGCACGAGUUCAACAAAGUCGAGAUGUUUGCUUGGUCGCACCCGGAUAUGGACGCAACGACCGAGAUCUUCGAUGAGAUACUCGACAUACAGACCGAGAUCCUACAGAUGCUGGGUCUUCAUUGCCGGAUCCUUGAAAUGCCAUCAACGGACCUGGGUGCUUCUGCCAUGAGGAAGUGCGAUAUCGAGGCGUUCUUCCCGUCGAGGAGGCAGAAGGAUAACGGCUGGGGUGAAGUGACCAGCGUCAGUAUUUGCACAGACUACCAAACCAGGAGGCUUGCCACGAAAUUCAAGUCGGCCGGAAAGGUCUUCUACCCCUGGACGGUCAAUGGCACCGCUCUGGCCGUACCUCGAGUUCUUGCCGCCAUACUUGAGAACGGAUGGGACGAGUCGAACAUGACUGUCAAAUUGCCAGAGUGCCUAUGGGAACACAUGGGCAAGGAUAGUAUCGGGCUCAAACAUCGUUAAAAUUUGACUUGAGAAAAGAAAUUUUGUAAAGUAGGGAAUUUGUAAAAUACGACGAACGUAUGACACGGGGCAUAGGAUGUCGGGCCCAUCUGCAAAGUCUGACCACUAAUACUAAUGACAAGAAUGAUAUCACCACAUUAAGCCAUGCCAAGAUAU